AUGCCAGCAGAGACCGUAUUGCGACCCUUGCGUCCACCUCAUGGGUGUAGACUAUGUCUCCCCAUACCAAGAGAGUAUAGUGACCACGCUGGGCUUGUUAAGCACUUAAAGAGAGAGCACAGCGUAUCUCUUGUGUUCGAGUGCAGGGCUUGCGGUGUGGUAAUGGACAAAUUAAAAACUUUGAAGGCCCACCAAGCCCGCUCAGACUCAUGUAGGGUGAGUAUAGAGGCCGCCUCGCCUCCACCACCCCUUCCCACGGACAGGGUAAUUAGACGAAUACCCACCAGGCCUAGGAAACAGUACGAACGUCGGAAAACUCGUUCGACUCCCUCGCCUAUCGUCGAGAGCGAUCGUUCUUCGCCCAGCCCUCCAUCUCCAUCUUCACAGCUCACCCAAGCUAGACCCCGCCGGAGACGGACAACUAGGAAUAUCCAGGCCAUCCUCGAGGAAGACACUCCAGAAACACAACACCGAGAGAAGUCCCCUCCUGCACCAGCUUCGGACAACACCCAGCGGCUCACAUAUGCCCAGGCUGUGUCAUCCAGCCCCGCUACGGAGGCAGUUACCCCAAGACACCAUGGCAGCUCCGAUCAACAACCGCCGCCUUCGAGCACCGAAAGGGGAUCCCUCCGAUCUUCUCCGGAGGUAGUCUCUAACAACGCACCAUCUUCCUCUCCCCCAUUUCCCCGCUCGUUUCAGGUUUUGCAUGACACCAGCAGACCAACCGAGCCUAUCUGCAGACAACGGAACGACGGGAGUCCUCCUACCUGGGUGACUGCGUGGAAAACUCGUUUCGACGCUGUCGUCGAUCAAGACAUGCUGGAGGGAGUACUAAAAGACUUUAUUCAACUGGCACACCAGAUCUCCAACAUCCGUGCGCCACCACAACGACAGCAACGCCACCGAACAUCCCAGCGCCGCCGCAGUUCGUCCGAGCACCACAGCUCCGAACCCGAUGCAAGUGAGAUCCAACGCCUGUAUAAGGCCAACCGAAAGCGGGCCUUCGAUCGCAUCUUAGCGGGCCCCUCCCGGUUCUGCCACGAGAUUCCCCCGUCUACUACCACCACUCCAGUUCCUGCGAACCCGUGUACACCCCCGGCCACCAACAACCCGUUCGAAGCUUUCUUCACAUCCCAAGAGGUCGCCCACCGCAUCUCCAGAGGGCAUAACACCGCCCCUGGUCCCGAUAAGCUUAGGUACCUACACUGGAGACGCAUCGACCCCAAGGGCAUAAUCAUCGCUUCGAUUUUCAACGCAGUUCAGCGGAUUGGAUACAUCCCCGAGAGUUGGAAAAUCUCAACAACUGUAAUCAUCCACAAAAAAGGUGAUGUAUCUAACCUUGGCAACUGGCGUCCCAUCUGCCUUUCGAACACACUGGGUAAACUUUACACAGCGUGUCUCUCUGACAGACUACUCAUCUGGUGCACCACCAAUGACCGCAUCUCGCCCUCCCAAAAGGGCUUUCUUAACUAUCAGGGCUGUGUAGAGCACAACUUUGUUCUACAGUCCGUAAUCCAAGAUGCCAGACGUGCCAGAAAGGACGCCUUUGUCGCAUGGCUUGACAUAGCUAAUGCGUUUGGGAACAUCCCCCACAACACGCUCUGGGAGUCACUCAGGUGGCAUGGCCUUCAUCAAGAUGCCAUCAAUGUAAUACAGCUGCUCUACGAUGAGUCAACCACCUGUGUGCGGACCAGCACCGGACUCACAACGCCAAUCCUCAUGCAGUUGGGCGUAAAGCAAGGAUGCCCCAUUAGCCCACUGCUUUUCAUUCUAGCGAUAGAGCCGGCAAUUCGCAAGGUACAAGAGCUCGGCAAGGGAUACGCGCUCCAGGAACACCCCGUCGAUGUGUUAGCAUAUGCUGAUGAUAUAGCACUUAUCAGCAGCUCUGAAGAAGGACUCCAAACUCAGCUGAACACCAUCUCAAACUGGACUGAUUGGGCAGGCAUCAACUUCAAACAUGCCAAAUGCGGAACCCUCUCAGUGCGAGGUAAGGAGUACUCUACUAGCUCUAAUCAAUUUUUUAUUAAACAACAGGCAUUGCCAGUCCUCGGCAGCGAAGAUGCAUACCGUCACCUAGGUGUACCCACUGGGUUCAGCAGAUGUGACACCGAGGCGGCCACCAUCGACGGAAUACUACUCUGCAUAGUGAAGCUACAUUCGUCAAAACUAGCGCCGUGGCAGAAGGUAGACGCUUUAAACACAUUUGUUAUGCCAAAGCUCACCUUUUGUCUGGCAACUGGUACAACCCCCAAACGGCUACUCAACAAAAUUGAUAGAACGACAAAGCGAUGUGUUAAAAAAUGGCUCAGCCUCCCUCAGAGGGCCAGCCCGGAGAUCGUCCACCUCCCCUAUAUGCAGGGCGGCACUAAUGUCACGCCAACUAGCCAGUUGGCGGACAUUGCACAAGUGUCGCAUGCAAUGCACCUCUUUCAUUCGAAGGAUCCCAACAUCAUAGACAUCGCACAGGGAACACUUACACAGGUUGUCAAAAAACGCAUCACGAGGCACCCUAAUAUAGACGACCUCUGCCAUUACCUUAACGGGUCAAUGGAUGGAGAAUUUGGUCUAACAAGUACUGACAUAACGUCUAUGUGGACCAGAUUACAAAUGGCCACUAGGCGCCUUAAGAAGCGAUUGGACAUCUCUUGGACUGUGGGCCCCGACAACCUGCCCACAAUUUCUACUGGGACCAACUUAAUCAGAACUAGCGACUGUCAGCGGGUAUUGUGCGGCCUCCUCAAAGAACACUUCAUAAGAAAACUUACAGCCAAACCCGAUCAAGGAAAGGCUUAUAGUGUAACAUCUACCAGUGCGGUGAGUAACCAUUUUAUUAAUAAUGGUAAAUAUACCAGGUUCACCGACUGGUAUUUCAUCCACCGGGUCAGGAUGAGCGUCGUGGCACUCCGCGGCCACAAAAGAUUUGGCAAUGACACUAAACGCUGUAGGCGCUGCGGCCACGUCCGCGAAACCUUAGCCCACGUCUUGUGUCAUUGCCCACCAAAUCUCCACCUAAUUCUUAACAGGCACAAUGCCAUCCUAAACCGUAUUGUAGCUGCCUUCAAGCCAAAAGAUGCGCAAGUAUUCAUCAACCAGCGUGUACCCGGUUUUGAUGGUAAUUGCCGGCCGGACAUGGUGGUUGUCCAUGAACAAUUGAAAUCGGCAACAAUUAUCGAUGUAACAACGCCAUUCGAGAAUGGACCACCAGCUUUCCAACUUGCCCGGGACGAGAAACUAAAGAAAUAUGAGCCACUUGCCCAACAUUUCCGUCGCCUGGGUUAUGAUACCCACAUAAGCGCAUUUGUCGUAGGUGCCCUCGGCGGCUACGACCACGCCAAUGAGGCCACCCUCCAGAGACUCGGCAUCAGCUGCAAAUAUUCAAAACUGAUGAAGAAGCUGAUGGUGAGUGACGCGAUAAGGUGGAGCAAUGACAUCUACAGGAGACACCUCGGCUACCACCAACAACAACAACAGGAGACAUCGCGGCCACCCGCCAGCAACUCACAACAUCACCAUCAGGACUACUAAACCACAUCCAUCUGUUUACAACCUAGCAAACGCUUCUGUAUCACUAUUGGCA